CACAUCCUAGACUCGAUUAGAUACCAGUUACAUUCGUCAGAAACCCUAGAACGCAAAACUCUAGAUAGAAAUAUGACGCAGAAAGAUAAAAUGUUCAAAGGCCAACAGAAGAAGAAAUCGAUUCCUCCUAGUCGUCAUGGGAAAAUCCCUCACACUCGUAAAGGUAAGAGGUUCGUGAAGCCUUUGAAGGUCACAAAGGAGAUGGAUGCUGAUCGUGAGCUGAGCAAGUUCAUAAACCAUUGCAAUGAAGUAAAAGCUGCGACUGUUGCUAAUAAGGAAGGUGGACAGUUAAGUAUUGUUAAAGCACAGCCAGAGUCCACUGAUGGUGGAAAGUAAUAGUCGAGGACAGACUGCAGUGGCAUGCAUGAAUAGGUGAUAGUUUCAGAAAAUGCAAACUAAACUAGAUGUUUGUAGCAAACAGUUGUUGAUGUAGAGAUGUGCUCUUUCCUUUUUAUUUUUCUCUCCAUCUUGGUAGGUUUUGUGGUGGUUCUUUGUUUGAUUGUUUAACUUCUUCAUGUUUUCGGAAGACAAACAACUAUAUUUGAAAAUGGAUUGGUUAUUCAUAUAAAGAAAGCUUUCUUGCAGUUCUGCUACUUGCUCUAAA